CGAGAUUGUUCUGCCGACUCAUUCAUCUCUAGUGAUGGAGCAGAGCAUUACGGGUCAGUGCAUGGACCCAUGCCCGGUGGAAGAGAGAGAACGGCGUGAGAGAUUUGGCCUACUGCACCCGCUGGAGAGGCGGACGGAUGCGACAUUGACAUCAGGGAGACCUGCUGCGCACCCUGACCAUACUCUGAAGGUAUCAAGAAUAUGUACCAAUGUGACGUGAAGUGCCCUCGUCUAUGCAGGAGUACGUCAGAUCCACCGGGGACCCCUCGUCACGCACUCAAGACCGCCGCUCUCUCCGCCCCCCUCCCAUCCUGCGGCUCGCCACGAAGACCUUGCUCGGCCAGCUCAUUGCUUCAGUGCCGCUGGAGCAAUGGGAGAGUGCAUACGAUUUCGCCUCCAACCGGCUGCGGGCCAUUCGGCACGAUGCCAUUGUUCAGUCGGCAGUGAUGGACACCAGGGAGAUGAGCUGGCUGUUCGAGUGCAGCGUGCGUUUCCUCGCAGCGUCGUCCUAUCUGAUGAGGGAUGAGUUUGUCAAGACAACACAACCUGCUCUGCACGAUCAGGCCCUCUUCAGCUGCAUGGCUUACCUCAUGAACAUCUACCGCUCGCGGCAAGCGGCGAGCAAGGGACGUCAAAUGGAUCCCAAUGGCGAUCUCGUGCAGCGAGAUGACAGUGCAACCGUGGAGUUUUCGGCUGCCUAUUUGGUCUUGUCGAUAAUGGAUGAGCAGCGGCUGCAAAGCCGCCUCAAGCAGAUCUUGAGGCUAGGCAAAAGGCCGUGCGUGGGGUCAGCGUGGCGGCUAGUCAAGGCAGUGUCCCACCGCAGUUUCGUCCGGACAUUUCGCAUCGCCUCGACACUCCCACUGCUGGUCAGUCAGCAAAGGGCAGCAGACCCACGUGACAAUGUCUGUUGUCUGUUUAUGGACUCCCGCCUGCGUGUUGUGGAUCUUGUAGUUGCGGUGCAUCUUUUAUCGGCGCCUGACACGGAUACGUCUGAAUGCUCUGCAAACACUGCUGAGGGCUCAUGGCUCCCCAAAGGGCACCAGGUGAGUGAGGGACGAAGAGGCGGACACGUAGAGAGUCAAUGAGCUGUCCUUGUGUUUGUCAGGUACCCUCUCGACGCGCUUGCGCGACAAUGGCGAUUUGACAGUGUCGAGCAGGCCAGGGCGUUCAUACAGCAGGCAGGGUGAGUGAGUGCACCAGGGCAUCAAACUUUCCUUACUUGUCCCGCUGCUGCUCUCUUCAGGCUGCAGUGUGUAGAUGAUGGGAGUUCCUUUCUCUGCGUCCGAGGAGCGACGAUAGAUGCCAAGGCUGUCAACAGGUCACCUACGCUCACGCACUCAAUGCAAUGAGCUGCAUCGGUCGGUUGAUCGUGUUGUUUGUUGCGUGCCCCUGGUCCUUGUGGGUGGCUGCAGCGUAUCGUGGGAUGCCAAGGUGCUGCUCGGGGAGGAGAUCACGUGUUUGGGCAGUGACCAACUGGCCAAGUGGAUGCUGGCAGAGGAAGAUGGGCCGGCAGAGACUGUGUAGAUAUGUAGAGUAAGGGGAUGGACCUUUGGGCUGCAUGUGUUCUGCUUAGUGCACCCAUGUACCGCCAGUAGGCGACUUGGGACAGACCCAGACCCAUACGUGCAGUUUGAUUCGACUUAAUCGACGUGUGAGCG